UCAUGGUAUUUAUAGCAAAAAAAUUCGACUAGUUUUGCAUUAUUUGUUUAUUUUAUUAAAAUAGUUUAAUAGUAUUCCCACGAUGUACCCGUUAUUAUUUUUAGAUAAAGCAAUUAAUUAAGAUUUUCAAUUUGUGUCAAAUCCACUCGUCCCAGUUCUCAAGCCAUAAAAAAUAAUGAACCACACAUUCAAAAUAAUGUGAAUUACUUUUAGUUUAGUUUAUGUCAAUUCUGAAUAGAAGUUAUCACAAUGAAAGUACAGAUUGUGCCAUAUCAGUGUAUUUGAUGAUUCAUACAAGAAUAAGAAAAAAUGAGUUGGUUGAGGUCCAGCCCUUUGAGGAACAGCUUUUCUCGACAAGGAUCUGUGAGGGCUUUGGAUUCGAAUACAAAUUGUGACCCUAAGGCUUGUUAUGAUAGCUUUUGCAAACAUUGGCAACAGGCUUAUGAUAUUAUACAAAAAUCACAGAUAAACCGACCACCAACCCACGAUGAUGUUUUAGGAGUAGUAAGCCAUUUAGAUCACGUAAUUACAUUAUUGCUACUUGAAUUACAUCAUGACAGCAAACCAUCUCUAUCGAAACAGACAUCAUCUACACCGACGACACAGCAAAAUCUAUGGCAUUCUGCUGUAACAAACAGCAAUGUUGCAACAAAUUCCAUGCAGGCUCUUUCGUUAGAAGAAAAUACACACAGUACACCUUGUUUGGAACAUUUGUUGAGCGAGAAUUUAUUGGAUAAGCUUUAUGAAUGGGGAAUAACUACCGGAAGGUACAACAAUGCUGUUAAAUUAGAACAAUUAAAACUCUAUGAGAUAUUAGUCAGCAAUUCGAGACAGCAUUUGCUAGUUCAUGAACCGUUUGUAAGGCCUCUUUUAAAAUUAUUAGCAUCGUGCCAAGGAGAAAUAUUUCCUAGAGAUGUAGAGGCUAGGCUAGUCGUACUGUUGAAUCAGUUAUGUGUGUCGUUAAUGCAGAAUGUACAUUUACUAGAUCUCUUCUUUUUUACACCUCAGGAUCACGGUAGCACAAAUUUUGUAAUUUUUUCACUGCUGAUACCAUUUGUACACCGGGAGGGGCCAAUCGGUCAUCAAGCACGAGAUGCAUUAUUGCUGUGCAUGGCUUUGUCAAAGAAAAAUACAAAUAUUGGAAUGUAUAUUGCGAAACAUUCAAAUUUGUGUCCUGUUCUUGCCACAGGACUAAGUGGCUUAUACUCGUUGUUGCCAACACAUUUGGACAUAGAAUCAGCAGAAUGGCACAGAUUAACCCCGGAUGAUGUUAACGAUAUUCCUGAACUAUCCGUAUUUAUGAACUCAUUAGAAUUUUGUAAUGCUGUCGUUCAAGUGGCUCAUCCCAUGAUCAGACAACAACUGCUCGAUUUUUUGUAUCAAGGUUUUUUAGUUCCUGUAAUGGGUCCAGCGCUUUUGCAGACAGGAAUCGAUGAACAAGUGGCAGCCACUGCCUAUUUCGAUCUGGUUCUGAGGUCUGUUACAGAACCAGGACUGCUGAAGACUCUGGUGAAGUUCUUGCUGGAUGAUAAUUACGAUGGGACCAGGUUGCUGGAUGUUUUGGUACAGAGAUUGGACUCCGAGGACAGGCUUUGCUUAGUAUCACUGGCUCUAUUCGAAUCGCUGAUUGAAAUUAACUGCGAGGACAUAAUGCUGGAACUGAUUUUUAAAUACUUGUUGAAGGGGGAUCAUCUUAUAGUCGACAGUCGGUUUACCCAUUUCCUGGACGACAUGAAUUUUCAGAGUGUCGAAAAGUUUCUUGCACUGUCACCAAAUAUAAUGCAAUCAUGUUCCAAAUUGAUAGAUAGAGAUCUGAAUAAAUCAACUUAUGUGCAACCUGAAACACCACCUAUUUCAAAAAAUAUGCCUACUAACUGGAAUCACUAUGGGUUAUACUCUAGUGGAACCUUGUAUCGUAAUUACCACGCAUAUCUCUGCGAUGCCCACCAAAAACUGGUAACAUGUCAAAAAGCCUGUGAAGUAUGGUCUAAUCGUUACGAUCACAGCCUAAAAUCUACCAAACACACAACCAACAACUCCGACCAUAUAUCUUCUUAUCCUUUAUUCAAUGAACCAAUAAAAACAAGCUUUACACCAACACCAACUAGUUUAAUACAAUCCGACCCUGCUCUAUUGGACACUGUGAAGGAAUUCCUUCACGAAGCAGCCAGUUUGAACUUGAUCGAAGACGAAAAUGCGAUUUUGGAGCAUUUGACUUCAGGAAAUGAUAAUAAUAAUGAAGAUUGUUCAAAGAAACAAUUGGAUAGUUUGCAGUCACUGGGUGAUAGUAGUGGGUAUGAGAGUUUUAAAUAUAAACCGGAUGAUUUUCUUGGAGCGGGAGGAGAUGAUGGGCAUAGUAAGGAUGUUAGUUGUCUUUCGGAAGAGGAGAAGGAAGUUAAAGCUAAUAUCAUGUUUAGUAGUGGCGGUGAUAGUGAUUUAGUUGAUGCAAAUUGUAUAGGUGAAUUCCUGGCAAUUCUAUUUUCUAAGCUUCAAGCCAUGCCUUCGAAUUCUGUUUAUGUUAAUAUUCAUCUGACGGGACUUCUCUCCAGGCUGAGUGUGUUUCCACAAGAUUUGCUUCGGACAUUAUUACUUAGUACUCAUACUCAUACCAAAGCACCAAUUCGAACUGUAUAUCAGAUCAUCUUAUCAGUACGAGAAUACAUCGACACAAGUCUAUCAGUACAAGUACAAGAUUCCGUUCAGAUAGCAGAGCAAGCUCAAAGUUUUCUAUUGGAAAGAGAAUCUAGACUCGUGAAUGCCAGAAAGAAUGCCAUCGAAGCAGCCAAUAAGAAUAGAAAUCAAGCUGCCAAUAGUGGUGCAAUACUUGGAGGCACAAAUUCUUUCGACACAAGAUAUCGAGCAGUUGAAAGCAACAAUAGGACUGCUUUAGCAGCUCAAUAUAGUUCAACAAAUUACGAUCCGUUUAAAAGAAAUGAACCCAAGCGAAAAAGCAUAAGUACAUCA